GACAAGCCAAUCAGAAAAAAGGCGGGAGUUGCAUCUUUGCUCUGAUUGGUCCAGAAAAUUGAAAGGCGGAGCGGCAGUGUCAGAGUGACAGGCACUCUCAUCCCAUCUGCCUGAGUGCGUAAACUGGCAUCCGAAUAGCCGACAUGUGUGGAAUCUUCGCCUAUCUCAACUACCACGUGCCAAGGACUCGCCGUGAGGUCCUUGAAAUACUCCUGAAAGGCCUACGACGUCUGGAGUACCGAGGCUAUGACUCUGCAGGUGUGGGUAUUGAUGGUGGCAAUGCCAAGGACUGGGAGACAGCUGCCAAGAGCAUCACAUUGAUUAAACAGCGUGGAAAAGUGAAGGCCCUUGAUGAGGAGAUCCACAAACAGCAAGAUCUCGAUCUCGAGGUUGAGUUAGAUGUUCACCUUGGCAUUGCUCACACCCGCUGGGCCACCCACGGAGAACCAAGUCCAGUCAAUAGCCACCCGCACAGAUCAGACAAGACCAAUGAGUUCAUUGUCAUUCACAAUGGAAUUAUCACCAACUAUAAAGAUUUAAGGAAAUUCCUGACAACCAAGGGCUAUGAGUUUGAGUCGGAGACCGACACGGAGUCCAUUGCCAAGCUGGUGAAGUAUAUGUACGACAACCGUGAGAGCGAUGACAUCAGUUUUGCCACUCUGGUGGAAAGGGUAACACAGCAACUGGAAGGUGCUUUUGCACUGGUCUUUAAGAGUGUUCAUUACCCUGCUGAGGCAGUUGUCACAAGGAGGGGCAGUCCUCUUCUGAUUGGCGUGCGAAGUGACCACAAACUCUCAACAGACCAUAUUCCUGUGGUCUACCGCUCAUCGGCAAAAGAGAAAAAGAACUGCAGUUCCCUCCCCAGAGUCGACCAGGACACCUGCCUGUUCCCUGUGGAUGAGAAAGCUGUUGAGUAUUACUUUGCCUCUGAUGCAAGCGCCGUUAUAGAGCACACAAAUCGGGUCAUCUUCCUAGAGGAUGAUGAUGUGGCCGCUGUGACCGAAGGAAGGCUGUCCAUCCAUAGGAUAAAACGCCGAGCCGGAGAUUACCCUGCCCGUGCUAUCCAGACUCUUCAGAUGGAGCUGGAGCAAAUCAUGAAAGGCAACUACAGUUCCUUCAUGCAAAAGGAAAUCUUUGAACAGCCAGAGUCUGUGGUCAACACCAUGAGAGGACGUGUUAACUUUGAUGACAACACAGUGACCUUGGGCGGACUAAAGGACCACAUAAAAGAGAUCCAGAGAUGUCGACGCUUGAUCCUCAUCGCAUGUGGCACUAGCUACCAUGCCGGCGUCGCGACCCGUCAGGUCCUAGAGGAGCUAACAGAGCUGCCCGUCAUGGUGGAGCUGGCCAGCGAUUUCCUGGACAGGAACACGCCCGUCUUUCGAGAUGACGUUUGCUUCUUUAUUAGCCAGUCAGGGGAGACUGCUGACAGCCUGAUGGCCCUGCGCUACUGUAAGGAAAGGGGGGCUUUGACUGUGGGCAUCACGAACACAGUGGGCAGCUCCAUUUCUCGGGAGACUGACUGUGGAGUUCACAUCAAUGCCGGGCCUGAGAUCGGCGUGGCAAGCACUAAGGCCUACACAAGUCAGUUUGUGGCCCUGGUCAUGUUUUCUCUGAUGAUGUGCGCCGAUAGAAUUUCCAUGCAGCCAAGACGUCGCGAAAUCAUCCAGGGCUUGAAGGUGCUUCCAGACCUGAUCAAGGAGGUCCUCAGUUUGGAUGAUGAAAUUCAGAACUUGGCAACUGAGCUGUACCAGCAGAAGAGUGUACUGAUCAUGGGAAGAGGCUACCAUUAUGCGACCUCCUUGGAAGGAGCUCUGAAAAUCAAGGAGAUCACAUACAUGCAUUCUGAAGGCAUCCUGGCUGGGGAACUGAAACAUGGCCCUCUGGCACUUGUGGACAAUCUCAUGCCUGUCAUCAUGAUUAUCAUGAAAGACCACACGUACGUCAAAUGUCAGAACGCCCUGCAGCAAGUCGUCGCCCGCCAGGGCCGGCCAAUCGUGAUCUGCGACCGGGACGAUUACGAGAGCAUGAGCAACUCGUGCCGUACCAUCAAAGUGCCUCACUGCGUGGACUGCUUGCAGGGCAUUCUGAGCGUCAUACCUCUGCAGCUGCUUUCCUUUCAUUUAGCUGUGUUGCGGGGCUACGACGUGGACUGUCCAAGGAACCUGGCCAAGUCGGUGACAGUGGAGUAAUUGGGCCCACUGAAGACACGGGCGUACAGCGAGGAAACCAAGAACAAGCCCCGUUUACGCGUCUCGUUUCGUGCGUCCUCUUUUAUGUAUUUUACUCGUAUGUGACUGUCUUUCCUUGUUUUCCCGUCGGACUUCUCAUAGUGAUUUUGUAGACUGACAGCAGUAUGGAUCGGGAAUGUUACCCUCCUGCGCUGACUUGGUGCAGCUGUAGCAUCGAACGGGAGCGUCUGAGUUCUUGGUUCUUUCGGAGCUGACGUUACUGACUUAAUGAAUUGCCUCCUUUCUUAUAAGUGCUUUUAUUUGUAGUUGAGUUGGCAUCUUCCUUUCUGUUUGGCGGCUAAUUAUUUGAAGUGUCAAAUUAUUUCGGGCCACAGAAGUCAUAAAUGCUGCCACGUUUUCAGUUUCAAGUGAAUUUCUUUGCACACAACUUAAGUGCGUGUGUACAGUAGCAUAAUGGUCACAUUGUCUUGUUACAUAUAGGCUGUCAUAUUUUUGUUUUGUUUUUUUAUAAAUCACAACAUUGUCAUAUUUUGGGGGGACUGAUUGAAGAACAAGACGUGAUUGUCUACUUUCUUUCCUACUCCACAUUGAAGUGACAACAGUGCAAUGAAGUUACUGCCAGCCCUAGUCCCUUAGAUCAUGACUACUGCAAAUGCAAUAUCGGGACCAUUUAUAGUUAUUCGUUUUAUAUAUUUUUCAUUUUCCGAAGAGUCUGAAUUUUGAAUUGUUAAUUUGUGAUUUGAAAUGUGAAUGUUACGGUCUUUGGAAAAACCAAUAUCCCGUCAAACCAAACAGUUCGGGUUUGGGCCGCUGGAAACCAAAAUAUGUGUACUUUAUAUGCACGACGUGAUGUAUUUUUGAAGCCAAAUGUUCUGAAGAUGCUUCAAGGUCUUAAGUAGGCUCACACACACACUGUCACUGUUCUGGCAGAGUGUCACACCGGAGAUGUUUUUGACGCAGUCCAUGAGAGUGAUGCAAUUCAUAUACAAAUGUGAAGAAGCAGGAGCUGCUAUUAUUCGAAUUUUACAUUUGCUUUCGACAUUCAUCUCGCUUCUACAAUCAAGCCUUAAUCUCAGUUGUGCGUGCAUCCCCAAUGUUAAGGUUCUGUUUGCAAUCAUUGUCAUUAGUGAGCAAAACUGUAUUAUCUGAAGUCACUGUUACCAGGAGUAGUGGGACUCUAUUAGCCAUCCCAGUUAAUGUAAAGAAUAGUUCACUAAGUUCUCUUUAUGUGAGCUCAUUUGUUGACUAUUAUGCUUCAUGGAUUCAAUCAAAUAAAGAAUUAUAUCAUGUUUAGA